AUGUCGAUGCAUCAAAUUGGUCCGUAUCAAUUAGUUGAAUUUAUUGAUUCCGGUUCUUUUGCCAAUGUCUAUAAGUGCAUCAACCGAGAGACAAACGAAGUGUUUGCCUGCAAAGUUGUCAGUCUUACAAUUAGACAGAACCAAAAACUCCUCGAAAACUUCAAAAACGAGUUAUACAUUCACUCCAGGAUGGCACAUCCCGGUAUCAUCCGCCUUCACGAUGUUCAAUUAGAUGAAAAAUACAUUUAUAUCAUCCUCGAAUACUCAUCAUACGGUAAUUUAGAACAGGUUGUUCAAUCAAGCAACGGUAUUGAUGAGUAUGAAUCGGCUGUAUACUUCAAGCAAGUUAUGGACGCUAUUAAUUAUAUCCAUAAAAUGGGUGUUGCCCAUCGUGAUAUAACCCUCAAAAAUAUUCUUAUUGGAGCUGAUGGAAGAGCAAAGCUUAGUGACUUCGGUCUUUGCAAGCUCCAACCCGAAAAUAGUUACUUAACAACAACAUGUGGAACUUUUGUUUACGUUCCCCCUGAAAUAUUAAAUGGCCAACACUACGAUGGUAUGAAAGCUGAUAUCUGGUCCGCCGGUAUCUGUUUAUACGCAAUGACUUGCAAUCAUCUUCCUUGGGUUAUUGACGAUAAGCUCCCUCCCGAACAGAUUUGGGAAGCUGCAAAGAAUCAGAUUUGCUCAGGAAAUAUUUCUUUCGAUGACAAACAAACUGAAUUAUUACGAGAUCUUAUUUCUCAGAUGCUCGCAAUUGAACCAGAAUACCGCCCAGACUGCGAUGAAAUUUUGGGACAUCCCUGGUUCGCGCAACUUGGGUGCGAUGAUACUCCAGAAGAUUAUUGUCCAAAUCAAAGUUUGAUCGAAAUUGUUAAUCAAUUGGUUGAGACCAUACUUAAUGUUAUUUAA